GGAAACAUUGUAUGAUACUGACCAUUAUCCCCAAAGAAAUGUAGACGCCACAGCACUUCCAAUUGUAGAUUUUCCUGUGGUAUCGAAUAAUUGAAAACACGAAAGUGAAAAAAGUAAAAGUAUUCUCAAAAAAGUUAGAAGGCUGGUAGUGGUGAGAGCAGAUAUGCUGAUAUGCCGUCAGUAGCACAGACUGAGUAUGGCAUCAAGGAUGUCUGGAACAGUAACCUGGAAGAAGAAUUCAAAAAGAUUCGCCAUGUUAUUCAGCGAUAUAGAUUUGUUGCAAUGGACACAGAAUUUCCAGGAGUGGUGGCAAGACCUAUAGGAGAAUUUCGUAGUACAGCAGAUUACCAAUAUCAACUUCUUAGAUGUAAUGUAGACUUACUAAAGAUAAUUCAAGUAGGCCUUACCUUCAUGGAUGAAAAUGGUCAAACACCAUCUCCCAUUUCAACAUGGCAGUUCAACUUUCGUUAUAAUCUUACGGAGGAAAUGUAUGCCCAGGAAUCCAUUGACCUUCUACAACACUCAGGAAUUCAGUUCAAGAAGCAUGAAGAGGAAGGAAUAGAAGUGAAUGAUUUUGCUGAGUUACUUAUGACAUCGGGAAUAGUGCUAAGUGAGCAAGUCAAAUGGCUGUCAUUUCACAGUGGUUAUGACUUUGGGUAUCUACUGAAGAUUUUAACAAACACACAAAUGCCAGCAGAGGAAGCAGAUUUCUUUGAUUUUCUGCGGAUAUAUUUUCCAAACAUCUAUGAUGUCAAGUACCUAAUGAAGAGUUGUAAAAAUUUGAAAGGUGGAUUACAAGAGGUUGCAGAACAACUAGAGAUCACUAGGAUAGGCCCUCAGCACCAGGCUGGCAGUGAUAGCUUGCUAACAGGAGCUGCCUUCUUCAAGAUGAGAGAGAUGUUUUUUGAGGACAAUAUUGAUGACGCCAAGUAUUGUGGUCAUCUUUAUGGACUUGGUACUUCAUAUGUGCAGAACGGCUCAGGAUACGAAAGUCUUACAAGUUAUCAAAACCAUAACUCUACACCCACUGUGGACGAUUCUAAUUCGUCAUCAACAAACUCAUAGAGCAAUCAGUGCAUUCUACUGCAUAUUGCAGUCAGCAUCCAGGACAAGAAAAUGGCAGCAUUUUCAUGGAUCAAACACUUUGUGGCAGCUAGAGAUGGAAGAAAGAGUCAACAUUUUAAAUCCUUAAUCUUGAAGCCCUUCCAUUUAUUUGUCUACGGAGUCAAAUUUCAGAAGUGAAAUGAUAUGCUGGUUUUAAAUUUUGAAUCUCUCUACAUGCAGUGCAAGAUGAAUUGUCUCAUAUGUGGUGAUAAGCAUAGUAGUAAUGUUUGUCAGAAAAUUUUAAUUUCUUAGUAGAAUUUGGGUGGGGUUUUUUUCAUUCAAAAUUUUAAUUGAAUAUUGAAGAAACAAAAAAAAAAUCUUUUCAAGUAAUGGUUGGCAACCCUCUUCAAUUUUAAUUGUGAUGGUUGAGAUACUAUUAUUUUUUUUAUAUAAAAAAAUUCUAAUUCCAUAAGGACCAUUCCUUUUCUAAGAAAGUAGUGAAUAAUUGACAGGGGCAGACAACUGAGAUAUCCUGAUAAAUGGUGUCAUUUUCUUCGCUUUGGUUGAGGGCUGCCAUAACUGACUCUCAAAAAGAUUUAAGCUCUGCUUUGAUAUUCAUAGUAAAUUAGAAAAUUGAACUGUAAAUAAGUCCUACCAAAAUGAUUUGUAAAUAUAAUGAGAUCCAAAUCAAAGGAAAAAAGCUAUCUAUGCUCCUAUGUGAAACAAAGGCAUGUUGUUUAUUGUCCAAACUUUGUGUACAUGUUCAAAUGGGGGCCACUGUUUCUUCAACUUCAUUUCUGUGCUCAAGAUUAUCUGCAGGAAUAGCUUAUCGCUUGCAUUGCAACUAACACUGUAGCUAAGUUUUCUUAUCCUAAGUAUUAUCUAAAGUUCCACUUGAUAGUAAAUGUUUGACAUUUAUAGUCAAUGUGAUAUGACAGGAAUUUCCUUUUUUAAAAGCUAUUGUUAAAUUUAUUUUUUUUUAACGAUAGAAUCUGUGAUCUGUCUUAGUGCAAUUUUCAUAUACUAUGUUAAUUAAGAGUUUAAUUUUUUUAGUGAAGACAUGAUUGAAACAAACUAUGAAAUUCAUGUCAGCCUUUUUUCCCUUUCAUUGAUAUUUGAUAUAUUUUCCCCACAUUAACAAGGCAAAGCAGACUGAAUAUUAUUCUUCAGGAACUGUCAUUCUCAUUGGGAAUUUUAGAAACAGUCUGUCAUAAGAAAAACAUGUUGAAAGGAGAUAAAAAAGAAAAACAUUAAGAUAGUAUGAAAUGAAGAUGUAAUUAUGCACAUUUUUUAGCACACAUAUUUUUGUCUUGAUUCUCUUGUUUUUAAUUAUAAGACAUCAGCCAAACCAAAGGAAGGUAGUUUGUGGCUGCCUUCCUUGUCCAAGGUUUUAAAUGGAUUUUAAACAACAGUUUUAUAUACCUGCACCAUACCGACAAGUUAAACUACCUGCAUCUAAGAUGUUGGAUGUUGACUUGUUGGGAAUGGUGAGCAUUGUUUGUAAUGUCAUAGAGACAAUUGUUAUGUUCUUUAUGUCUGUGAUUUCAUGAAUCAUUGAGAUGUAAUUGUACUUUGUAUGGGACAUAUGAAUUGUAUCUAUUAUUCUUACAAUGGAUAUGGUCAGAGUUUUCCUAUUUUAGAAUCCAAAGGGCUUUCAUUACAUGUUUUGUCAUUAAAAUAGACAGCUUUGAUCAUAUCCUUGAUAUAGAUUGGUUUUAUUUCUUUGGAAAAUCAACACAUUGGAGAAGUUCAUUAAAUAGUUUAAUUUUUUAAUGAAUUUUUAUUUUAUUAUUAGUUAUGACUUUUUGUGGAGUAAUUGUUCUUUGUUGACAAACACAUAACGUAGGUCAACAUGAUUUUAUUUAACUCAUUAAAAUCCAUAAAAAUGUUUAAACAAGGUUUUUUUUCUAUUUUAAGUUUUUAAAUACUAAUGUCACCCCAUUUUGUUUUAUUCAAAUUCAUACAUGUGUCUUUUCAUUUACAUUUAUAUGCAACUGUGUGAUGAGUCAUUCUGUCAGACCUUUGACAUGUAGAGUUAAUUUUCACAAGUUAUAAGAUGAAUUUUUCUAUGAUUUAAAUAUUAGACUGUGAUCUGUUUUUAAUGUCAAAAUGUGUUGAAAGUUUUAGUGGGUUAUCAGGCUGCAAUCUAACAUUUAUCACUUAACAAUACUAGAAGCUCCCUGUCAGUUUUAGACAUUUUGUACUCUACAAGUCUUGUUUUAACUGUGAGCUUGUGAUUCCCUCAAAACUUUGACAUCUAAGGUUAGAACUGUUGUUUAUGUCAGGAACAGUAACUGCGGAAAGACUCCCCCUCCUAGAUGUCACUGUGUGUACCCUGGCUAUUUGUUGCUAGGUGAGAGAAGUUUUCAUUUUCAAUCAUGAUGCAUUGCAAGCAAAAUUUCUAAAUUCAAUGUAUGUGUGGAUUGUUUUGUGUACUUUUCCCCAUUAAUUUGAUUUUGUUUUUUAAAGAAAGUGUAUUCUGUUGAGUUGUAUUUUUGAUCUUAAAUGAAUUUCUGAUCUCAUAGCUGCUUUUGGGAAGUAUGAGUUUUUUUCUUUACUUUAUUCUUUAUAUUCUACUGUAAUGCCAAUAUUUAUAUCAGAAACAAUGUAUCCUCUUCCUCCAUAAAAAUUUCUCAAAUUUUGUUGACAAUAAUUUGAGGCACUCCAUCUUAUUGUAAAAUUUAGCUUAUCUGAGUGUGUGAUUUUCUUUUUCUUUCUUGGUACUGAAUGUGAACACUUGAUUGAUUGUGUUUGUCUGGAGGGGGAGGAGUGUAGUAUGUUGGGCUGAUGUCUUACUGUACAUUCUGUGUGCCCCCUUAUUUUAUUGUCGUCUAAAUGUAACACACUGGAACUGGUUGCCUUUUUAUGAAUUGUAAAUAAAUAUGUCAUGGGACGACCAGUCCAAUCAUAGCAUAAA